CACCGGACAGGCAGCACAGCACGCGACAUCAUCACAAAACCCGUUAAUAUCCCUCUUCUGCUUCAGCGCAACUACCCGACUGAAAGAUAUUAUCACUCCGUGAUGAGGAAGAAGGCGACGGUGCGUCAUCGGCGUGCGGAGGAGCGGGACCCUGGCGAUAGCGUUGCCAUAGAGACGCCUACCCAGCAUGCCGUGCAGGAGUUUGUGGUGGAACGCAUCAUGCAGCGACGCGUCACACACGGCCGAGUGGAAUACUUCCUCAAGUGGAAGGGCUUCACCGAGGCUGACAGCACAUGGGAGCCGGAGGAUAACCUGGACUGCCCAGAGCUGAUCCAGGAGUUCCUGAGGGGCGUGGUCUUGGAUGCUAAUGAGAUGGGCGUCGCCAUGGACACUACUGAGAUGGGCGGGGUCAUCAUGGAGCCCCGCCUCCAGCCCAAAGAGGAAGAGGAGGAGGACCUGGACACUGUGCAGCGGUUCCUGGACAUGGCAGACGAGGAGAGUGUCAUGGGCAACACACACACGCGCACUCACACACACUCCGAUCGAAUCAUCGGCUGUACCGACCGUCACGGAGAACUGACCUUCCUCAUCCAAUGGAAGGGGGGUUCGGAUGUGUCCCUGAUGUCUGCGCGGGAGGCCACCGAGCGGAAUCCUGAGAUGGUCAUCGACUUCUACACACACAGACUCACACAGGAGGAGGACUAGACACACACACACACACACACACACACACACACACACACACACACA